AUGUCUGGAGAACAAAUUGCCAAAGAUGCAAGCGCUGCAUUUUCUUCAUUAAAAGUCUUAUCCAACGAGCAAAGAUCAAAAGCGCUUGAAGAAAUUCACGAUUCACUCAGGGCAAAUAAGGACGCCAUCUUAAAAGCUAACCAAGUCGACCUUGAAAAUGCCAGAAAAGACAACCUUUCUUCCUCAUUAAUCAAAAGACUAGACCUCUCCAACCCUGGUAAAUUUGAUACUAUGCUUCAAGGUGUUUUGGAUGUUUCUAAUUUGCCAGACCCUUUGGGUAAAAUCACCAUUGCAAAGAAAUUGGAUGAGGGACUCAACUUGUACCGAGUAACAGCACCCAUCGGUGUUUUGUUGAUUAUUUUUGAAAGUAGACCAGAAGUUAUUGCCAACAUUACUGCUUUGGCCAUCAAAUCUGGUAACUCAGCAAUCCUCAAAGGUGGUAAGGAAUCGUAUCAAACAUUCAAGAUUAUGAGUGAAAUCGUUAACCAGACUUUGGCUGAAAAGACCCAAGUCCCCGCAAAAGCCAUUCAGCUCAUUCAGAGUCGAGAAGAUGUUGCUGACUUAUUGGACCAGGACAAAUACAUUGAUUUAGUUAUCCCAAGAGGAUCGAAUGAACUCGUGCGCAAUAUCAAAGCAAACACAAAGAUCCCAGUCUUGGGACACGCCGAUGGUAUUUGUUCCAUAUACGUUGACUUUGAGUUUGACUUGGGUAAAGCCAAAAAAAUUGUUGUUGAUUCAAAAACCAACUAUCCUGCUGGCUGCAAUGCUGUGGAGCAAUUGCUUAUCAAUAAAGAUGUUGCAGAGGACAAGGUGAAAGAAUUGUUGAGCACAUUGAUUGAAGCUAAAGUCACGCUACACAUUGCGCCUGAAUUGAAGUCAGUUGUUAAAGACUUGGACCAAGAUUACAUUGUUGAUGCUGAUAAGGAUUCGUUCGACAUGGAGUAUUUGUCAUUUGACAUUGCCGUGAAAUAUGUCGACAACGUCGAUGAAGCUAUUAAACACAUCAACACCCACUCAUCAAAACACACCGAGUCUAUUAUUACUGAGAACAAGGAGACUGCAACAAAGUUUAUGAAGAGUAUCGACUCUGCUGGAGUCUAUUGGAAUGCAUCUACAAGGUUUGCGGACGGUUUCAGGUACGGAUUUGGUACUGAAGUGGGUAUAAGUACAAACAAGAUCCAUGCCAGGGGCCCUGUUGGCUUGGAAGGAUUAACCAGUUAUCAAUAUAACUUGAUUGGCGAUGGCCAUAUUGUUGGAGAAUAUGUUGGAGGAGGUGGUGAAAAACAAUUUAUUCACGAGGACUUGAACAUGUAA